CGUAGUUGUUAGCAGACUGUCGCAUGUUAGCUUCCUGUUAGCUUCUCCGUUUGACCCGGUGAAGCCCUUCAGCCUCCCGACAAAACUGAAAUGUUAUUAGCCCACACGAAGCUAAUUAUUAUACUGUAAUAAUAAUCAUAGCUAAACUAUUAUUCUUUGCUUAUUUGGCUCUUUUGUCGGCAACGAGAGGAUGUCUCGCAAACCUUUCGCACCUUUGGCCAAAAGGUUGAUGAAAGGACUCAUCGUUGUCGAGCUACUCGGCGUCUUCGGUGCAUAUGCGCUCUUCCACGCCAUGAACACUAGCCAAGAUUUUAGAAGCACAAUGAAGAAAAGGUUUCCAUCCAUUCUGGAAGUUUACUACAAGUCCAAUGAGCUGGCGGGCGUGACCGGCGUGCGGCUGAGAGACCAAUUGGAUUGGGAGACAGACGCCGGCGGACGCUGACAACUAUUUCCGCUUUCUUUUGUUUCCCAUUAUCGUGGAGGUCUUGUUAGCACGUGCAAAGCGCUUCCUCUUGUUGAAGGUGGCCUUCUUCCUUCGCAGCGUCUUGGCGUCGCGGUCGUGGAUCCAGUCGUCGCGUUGGCUCUCCCACUUGAGCUGCUUCACGCCUGCACGCAAGAACUUGGGGUCACUACUACUCAGGGGACCUCGACAGUGGUGCCUUGAGAUAAGAGUUUCAUUUUUGUGACCAUGGUUGUAUUUGAAAUUGUUUUCCGUUCAAUUGAAUGGAAAAGAUGAUCCGGGCAAUAAAAGGUCCGGUUUGAAAGAA